UUUCUCGCUUCUCGUCAUCCAAAUUUCAUGAAAACUUGUCGUCCUGGGUUCGCCAGGUGUGGUUGCUUCAAAGCUCGAGAAACCAGCAUUGAGAACAUAGGGUAGAUGUUGACAGAAUCGAAGAUGGUCGGGCGACCUUCACCGAAUCUAACAGUAAUUUAGCUGUGAACGCCGAACGGAGUGGGAAGCUUGGGUUAAGUAUAGCCAGUGACCCGCAUGGUCAUUUUGACCUGCAGGACCGUUACUCAUAGGACUCGAUCCUCGAGAAGAAAAUGGUGGUUCCGGACGUUGCUAAUUCACUACCAUGUUCUCCGCAACUGUAACCCUCCCCGGGUACCCUACUCCCUCGUCACAGGCUCAUUCGCCAACGUAUACCGCCGCUCCCCAGGCUCAUGAAUACCGGUUAGCUCAUGAUGCGCGUCUAAGUCCCAACCGGUCGCCGAGAGAAUUUGUGAAGCAAACCAGAAAUGGUGGUGUGAGUCUUCGGCUUGCAGGCCAAGAUGAUCAAACAGCGCUUCCCGUCUACGGUUACGGCGCGUCCGUGGAGGGCACUCUCGACAUCCACAAGCGAGAUGGUAUCACGAGCGUCGAAGUUCAAAUCGAAGGUACCCUCAUGCUGGAAGAAUCAGCUGAAGGCGGGACGACGAAUUGCAAACUAUGUCUCAAUAAGAGUAUUCUUUGGGUCAAGGACAGGAUUUACGAAGCGCCAUGCCCUCGUUCUCUUUCAUUCUGUCUUCCUCUCCCAACUACUUUCUCAGACGGCGGAAAAACCUAUCCUCUCCCACCAACUCACGAGUCACACCUAUCGGGCCUACCUGGAUUUCGGGCGAGGGUAGAUUAUAGCAUUAGCGUCAUUGCUGUGAAACCGAACAUCAUACCGCAUGCAGUCAAGUCGUCCUUGUUGUGGGGCGGAGAUUGGGCUAUAUCGACUCCGUUUGAGUACCUUCCUCGCACUCGUCCAUCCACCCCGAUACCACCACCUCUGGUACCCGGUCAAUGGGGAAUAAUCGAGACUCCGCAAUGGAAGGUUUUCCCGACUUUGAUUCACGCAAAUCGGGGAGGACAUGACAUCAUGGUUAAGUUAUUUAUCCCAGCCAGUCGAACAUUCUGUAUGAAUCAGUCCAUUCCUUUCCACAUCAUGUUCUCGUCUUCAGCAAUGUCUCUUGCUGCAUUUAUGCCUUUGGGACCGAUGGUAGCCACGUCUCCGAAAAAGCAGCGCACAAGAAUACAGUUGCUGAGGCAGACGACUGUUGAUGUCCGCAACACGUUCGAACUUGGCACACGCACUGACAUAUGGAGAAUUGAUUGUAUUGGCGAAGGUGCCUUCAGACACGCAGGUGAUGGUCCACUCUGGGUCGCCUUCUCAGGAGAGAUUUACAUCAGUCCUGACAUCAAGAUCGGGGGUUUCAAGGCUGGCGGCUUUUCUAUCAAGGAUUGUAUAGUCCUGACCAUGACUCCGCCUGAACAUUCCAAAUCAGCUUUCAAGGAACUGCGACUCGCGGUUCCUAUCCGGCUUGCAACGGACCCCUGCUCAGGAUCGGGCUUGGCCGUAUAUAGCAGACGAUAUGGUCCUCCAUCGAUAUCUUCCUCGGAUGAACUCGGGGAUGCUCCACAACUCGGCUACGACUCAUGAUGUCAUGGAGAACUUUGGUUUAUCACGAUCGCGCUAGAAUCGCAUCAGUUCCAUUUACGUAUCGUAGAGCACUAACGAUAUCGCUAGCUGAGUCUAUUUCUUGCGUCAUACACUCCAUACGUACGGUGUUGACGGACUGGCGGAAAUGUCCAUAAUUCCACGCGUACGUGACAACCAAGGUAGGGUUCAAACUGUCGGUGUUCCUUCCCCAUUUCCACUCGAAUAAGCUACUUCACUCCGACAUUGCGAAAUAGCUCACGAAGUACAGAAACCCGCGCCAUUUGGGUUCAUCAGAAUGGUACGUCGGCGUGGUUUAGAUCAAAACUUCGACGGCGUGCCAUCAAGAAGAUCGAG